AUGUCGUCCUACCUGAAAGCUAUCUUGUCAUUUCUGAAAAAAGAUAAAGAUCUGCAGUUUCAUAUUAUUAAGCAAGCUAGAGCUCAAAGUGCAAAAGAAGGUACCAGCUGCAGUGAAGGAUCUUACUCAUUACUGCCUGUAGAAGUUCCUCAAAAUCACAAGCGUUCCACCUGUGACCUGACUCAAGCUGAUCGCCUUGCUCUUUAUGAUUAUGUUGUUGAGGAAACAAAGAAGCAGAGGUCUAGAUCCCAAAUCAUGGAAAAUGACAGUGACCUCUUUGUGGAUUUAGCGGCAAAAAUCACCCAAGAUGAUAGUCAGAAAGGUCCAAAGUCCCAUCUUGAAAUUCUGGCUGAAAUGCGAGACUACAAAAGGCGGCGGCAGUCAUACAGGGCUAAGAAUGUUCAUAUAACAAAGAAGUCUUACACUGAGGUGAUUCGGGAUGUGAUUGGUGUGCAUAUGGAAGAACUCAGCAAUCACUGGCAGGAAGAGAAUAGGUUGGAUAAUGCAGAGACAUGUGAAGGAGGGAAGUCGAAAUCUUCAGGAAGAAAGGAAGACAGGCGCUCAGCCUCGGUGGACUCACGGCAGUCUGGAGGAAGCUGUAAGGACACUGAACGCACCAGACACAGGAGAGAGAGCAGCAGGAGUCCAAACAGACGAAAAAGGAGUCGUGAAAGAGGAAAAGACAGAGAUUCACAGAGAAGAAGAGAACGGGAUGAAGACAAGUAUCACAGCCAUAAAAGAAGAAAAUAG